GGUUCGCAGGGCCUGGGGCUGGCUGACUGGACUGGGUAGAGCAUUCUAAUCCCAGCGAUUUCUCCGCCGGUCUCCGCCUGGACCACGACUCUCGUCCCCUGCGUUCCAGGACCCCAAUGAGACCCCUCUUGCUUCUGCUCCUCUCGUGUUGGUUCCUGGCGUCCAGCUGCUCCAGGGCGGGGCCUGCCAACGCUCACUCUCUCUGGUACAACUUCACCAUCAUCCGUCCGCCCAGACCUGAACAACGGUGGUGCGAGGUCCACGGCCAGGUGGAUCAGAAGAAUUUCCUCUCCUAUGACUGUGGCAGUGACAAGGUCUUAUCUGUGGGUCGCCUAGAAGAGCAGCUGAAUGCCACAGAUGCCUGGGGAAGACAACUGGAAAUGCUGAGAGAGGCGGGGCAGAGGCUCAGACUGGAACUGCCUGGCAUUGAGCUGGAGGAUUUCACCCCCAGUGGACCCGCCAGGCUGCAGGCCAGGAUGUCUUGUGAGUGUGAAGCCGAUGGACACAGCAAAGCAUCCUGGGAGUUCAGAUGUGAUGGACAGAAGUUCCUCCUCUUUGACUCAAACAGCAGAAAGUGGACAGUGGUUCAUGCUGGAGCCAGGCGGAUGAAAGAGAAGUGGGAGGAGGACAGGGAACUGACCGAUCUCUUCUGGAAGGUCUCUGUAGGAGACUGCAGGAGCUGGCUUCGGGACUUCCUGAUAUGCAGGGAGAAGAGGCUGGAGCCCACAGCACCACCCACAGUGGCCCGAGGCAUAGCCCAAUCAAAAACCACGGCUACCACCCUCAGUCCCCCAAGCUGCUUCCUCAUCCUCCUCUGCUUGAUCCUACAUUGCAUCUGCGGAGAAUCCUUUAGAGUGACAGGUGGAAGAUGACACCAAGAAGCCCCUGUUAGGCUGGAAUGCUGUGGCUAUUCACAGGCGCGACUCCACUACUGAUCAGCACGGGAGUUUUGACCUGCUCCGUUUCUGACCUGGGCCGGUUCACCCCUCCUUAGGCAACCUGGUGGCCCCCUGCUCCCAGGAGGUCACCGUAUUGAUGCAGAACUUAGUGAGGACACCCGAUUGGCAUAGCACACUACAGCGCAGAACUCCUGGACUCAAGCGAUCCUCCAGCCUCAGCCUCCCGAGUAGCUGGGACUAUAGGCAUGUGCCACUGCACCCGGUGAGAUGAACACUUUUCAAAAGAAGACACACAAGUGGCCAAGAAACAUGAAAAAAUGCUCAAUAUUACUAAUCAUCAGAUAGGAGCCAAUCAAAACUGUAGUGAGUUACCAUCUCUUACCUGUCACAAUAUCAGAGAUGGUGGUGAGGCUGCAGAGAAAGGAAACAGACACCGUUGGUGGAAAAGCGAACCUGUUCGCCACUGUGAAAAGCAGCUUGGAGAUUUCUGCAAGAGCUCAAAAUAGAACUACCAUUCAACCCAGCAAUCCCACUUUUGGGGAUAUACCCAAAGGAAAAGAAUUCAUUUUAUCAAAAAGACACCUGCACCCAUAUGUUCAUUGCAGUGCUGUUCUCACUAGCAAGGACACAGUCAAUCUAAGUGAACUGAAUGAAAACAAUGUGCUGCGUAGACGCCAUGAAAAUCUGUGCAGCCAUGAAACACAGCAAAAUCAUGUCCACUUCAGCAUCACGGAUGGAACUAGAGGCUGUUAUCCUACGCAACCUAAUGCAAGGACAGAAAGCCAAAAUACUGCAUGUUCCCAUUUGAAAAUGGCAGUUAAACAUUGAAUUCACAUGAACCAGGCACUGGAGAUCACUAGAUGGGGGAGAGAGGAGGCGCACCUGGGCUGAAAACCACCUGUUGGGGACUCUGCUUACUGUUUGGCUGAUGAGAUCGUUGGGACACCAAGCCUCAGCCUCCCAAAAUCUACCCGUGUAACAGCCCUGCGUGUGUACCCUUUAAUCUGUAAUAUAGCUUGAAAUUAAAGAUGAAUAAAUAAAACAAAAUGAUGUAAGUCCAAAAAAUGGGGUUAACUGACCAAGGUAAAGAACUCUGCACUAUGAACUUUAACCCAGCUCAAAAAAAUAAACUGUAGUCAUUUAAGAUAAUCGUAAAUUGUAUGAUGAUAAUUGUGUAAAGAUUAUACAUGAAAGUGCCAAAAUCCUAAAAUUAAACACUGUAUAAUGGAAUUUCA